AUGGCGCACACCAGCAUUUGUCUAGUGCUGCGUGUCGUUCCGCUUGUCGUGGUUAGUUUCACCGUUUUGAUCGGUUUUGUGGUUCCUUCUGUUAGUGGUCAGUUUCAAACGAUAAACCAAAUACCGGUAGGAUUGUUGGAUCAUCUGAAACGAGUGCCUCAGCUAUGGAACGUAACGUCCGCAAGCGAUCAAGCCUGUCUGAAUCAGCUGGAUGUGUUUGCGAGCUCGUUCGAUGCCGGUGAACCGUGGGCACUUAGUAUGUACGAUUCGUGGGGCAAAAAUCCGGCCGGAAUACUGUUUGGGAAUGUGUAUGAGUUUGGCAACUUUGACCAAUGUCGGCGCAUUUCGCAUCAGGGUGCACUGGCCAAAAUCGGCGGUCAGCAUUGUACGCUCUAUGUGGACUUGAGUCGUACCGGUUUACCAGCAACUUCAGCACCACUACAGUACGGUGUAUGCAUGCCGGAUGUCUGUGAACCGGCCCUGGUCGCACAGCUUACUAACGCCUAUUUCGCGUCCAAUCAAAUGUUGGUGGUGAAUGGACCGUUGCUGGAAAAGUUUUGCUAUCGUGAUGAGGACAAACCCUUUCCAGCGGUUACCAUCGUUGCGAUUGUACUGUUCUCGGGGUACGGAGCGAUACUGCUGAUGGCCACGCUGGUCGAGCUGAUCUUCUUCUACCGAAAGCAGGAAGCACCCAGCUACGUUAAGCGUCUUUCGUUCUACACCAACCUUGGCCACGUGUACCGCAUCGUACCACGGACGGUCGGUAAGGACGGUGUGCUUGAAUGUGUUAACGGUGUGCGCGCACUGUCCAUGCUGUGGAUUAUCAUUAAUCACGUGCACGAUUCGGCACUUGGUAUACCGACGAUCAACAUACCGGUGCGACAGGACUAUGCCGAAAGCUACUUCGGCGUACUGUUUCAUCGGUUGGGCGGAAAAGCGGUGGACAUUUUCCUGAUGCUUAGCGGAAUGCUCGUCUCGAUUAAGAUGUUACGUGAGCUGGAAAAGACGAAGCGGUUAAACGUGUUGGAACUGUGGUUACAUCGUAUCAUCCGCAUUACGCCUGCCUAUGCGGCACUUAUCCUGUUCGGCAUUGCGUUCGUGGACGUUGUGGGCGAGGGAGUGCUUUACAAGCUGGUCGCUGACGAACUGCUGACCGCGUGCCACAAGAGCUGGUGGUCGGCAUUGUUGUACGUGCAGAACUAUGCGCAUUACGAGUCGAUGUGUUUCGUCCAUACCUGGUACCUGUCGGUGGAUAUGCAGCUAUACAUUGUGUCCCCACUGCUGAUCUAUUUGCUGUGGCGCUAUGGGAAAAAGUUUGUACCGGCAAUUGUGCUUCUUGCCCUGCUUUCGAUUAGCUGCGUGUUUGCUACGUUUAUGGUGAACGAGUAUCGUUUAAAUCGAUCCGCACCACGAGGUGAUGGUCUAAUGCCACGCAAAACGUACCAUCCAACGCAUGCCCGCAUGUCGGUUUGGUUGUUUGGUGUUCUGUUCGGUUAUUUGCUACAUUUAACGCGUGGCGCACGGGUUAAACUCUCCAAACCGGUGCUCGCUUUAGGUUGGCUGUUUACGAUCGCGAUCUUGGUCGUGACUGGAUGGUCACUGAAGCAACUGUACAUUGGGGAUUACACACGCAUCAAGCCAAUUGCGGACGCAUUCUACGAAGCGUUACAUCGCUCGUUUUGGGCCUUUGCCGUCAUGUGGGUGAUAUUUGUGUGCAUUAACGGGCAGGGAGGAAUAGUUGAUCGGUUUCUCGGUUGCCCACUGUGGCAACCAUUGUCUCGACUUUCCUACUCAAUGUAUCUCGUGCACAUUGCCAUCCAGGCGAUUACACUAACGCAAGCGAUUCGUUUUCCGGUAGAAUUUACCGUCGUGAACAUAUUCUACACCUCGUUCGGAUUAAUUUGUCUCAGUGCCGUGGUCGGUACGGUGUGGUGCAUCGCGUUCGAGUAUCCAUUCUUUGGGUUGGAAAAAUACAUUUUUCGGAAAAAGCAAGCUUCGGACUAA